AUGGUUGACUCGCAAAUCCUCAAAGUCAUUCAGAACUCUAUCGAGGCCUGGAAGGAUCUUGCCGUUCCCUCCAUCCAGAAAAUCACUGAUAUGGAAUCAAAUAAAAAACAUUAUGAUGAGGUUUAUGAAAACUUAGAGUGGGCUAUCAAGACCGUUGCUCACAUUGGGGACGAUCUUGAGGAGCUGGUCAAGGAGCCGGUAAGCAAUGAGGAUGCGGACCAGAUUGUCACAAAGUUGGAAGAGUUGGUAUCCCAGGAGAAACCCUUUUUUGAUCAUUACCACAAAUAUAGUGAUAAUGAUGUCUUGGAACCAUGGAAAACAUAUAUUGAAGGCCACGCGUUGGACCGCAGUUGUUACACUCCCGGGUGGCUAGACGACCAGUUUUACCCCGAAAACAGCUUUCAUAACGAUGUAUGGCGGCGAGUUGGCCAGCUUGUAUAUGACAAUAUGCCUUCCUGUCAGGAGCGUAUCCAGGAGGUCUUGAACAACGACGACGUCUACUAUGGCUUUUGCUCUUUUGAUCCCAAAUAA